AUGCUAAUGCAGUUAAUGUCACAAAAAGUAAGUUAACAACACUCUCACUUGAAAAAUAGUAAGGAAAACGCUCGUUCAAUGAAGUGUGAAGUACAACAAACCUCACUUUGUAGCGGUUUAAAAUCUACAUAAAAUGUAAAAGUGUGUUGACGCAAGCAAUCAAAAAGCGCUGAGCUGCACGCAGUAUUGAUUUAAGAAAGUUAAAUCUUGUAGCCUGUAGUAAAGUCAUGUAACUUCAUGGAUUUUGCAAGUUUACCGUUAUGCCGGAUACUGUUAAACUGCUUGUGUUUUGAACCAACCAAUUAAUCACCAGGAUCAUAUCUUAAGUUUCUUAGACUUUCUUGGUAUUAUUUUCUCGGACAUGCCUGACUCAUUAUUAUUAUUGACAUUAUUAAUUAUUAUUAAACAUUAUUACAUAACUAAUUUCCUCUCUUUUCCGUAGACUCAAGAGCGGACGAGACAUAUCAAAGAAAUUGCUCCCUCUUUACAAACAACGCUUAACUCGGUGAGUGCCUCUCACCGAUGGCUUCCUGCAUGCUUUUAAAAGUUUCAUUCUGCCACUUUGUGGCUAGCCUGAGAAAAUAACCGACGUCCUGGGGAUCAAGCAUAGAAAUUCCAUACUGAAGACGUGUCACUGCCCAGAUCUGUGUAGUGCUUCUGAUUGGUUAAAGCAAAUUUCCUUCGCGUUGCGACCAAUCAGAAUGCAUAGAUAGUGACACGUCAUCAGUAUGGAAUUUCUGCGCUUGUCCCUCAGACGUCUUUCCGCGGGGAAACCAGUUGGGGCGUGACGAAAUUGACGAAAUGUCGGUUAUCCUCUCAGGCUGCUUUGUGGUAGAGUAGGGCCACAUGGAUUACUGAUUUUUAUUAUUAUUAUUUUUUGUCAGCUUCUGAGCAAGGCCGCUACAUCCGAUACUGAGCUGAAGACGAAACAUGUUCGCGAACUGCUGAAACUCACAACGAAGUUUAUCAACGAAGCCAAGAAGACAGAAAAUGUGAGAACGCUUUACCAAGUAUAUGUCUCUUAGGUUUUAGAGGAGCUCUUUUCUAGGCGCGAUACCAGCUGCUGUUCGGGAAAUGAGCCCGCGCUCCUCCCCGCGCUCCCCGUCCCCUCCCUCUCGGGGAGGAACAAGACCGGACCCGAGAGAGUGGUGGAAAUUGAGCCUGCUCUUUUGUAGUAUUUCGGAUAUGAAAAAGAAAUUUAGUUGUUAUGGAAAUAAAACUCAUUUCGUUUGAAAGAAAAAAAAAACUUGAAAAGUUAGUUAAGUGAAAUUAAUGAACACCAAAGAGGUAGUAAACUGCAGCAGUUGAAAGAAAGAUUACCACAAACCUGAAACAAAACGUGCCAACACUCUCUCAUCAUUGUUUGAGAGCUGAUAUUGCGAUCUUUUGGCACCCUCGUUUAAAUAUUGCUGGCUGUAAGAUGUUAUUGAGUGUGGAUAAGAAUUUAAAUUCGAUUAAACUUUUUUUUGAACAUCACCUCAACGUUGCUGAUUUCUUUUAAUUUCUGCUCAAGCAGCUUGCAUUGUACCUGUGGCUUGUCAAGAUGCUUGUCUAUCACUGAGAUAUGUUCCAAACCGCUUUUUGUAUGUACUCCUGACUGGGUACCGCUUUUUAUUAUAAUUAUAGAUAUAAGAUCAUGUUUAAUGUUUUGGUUGUUAUGUUUCCUUAGGCGUCUGCCUUCUUAGAGAACGAUAAACUUAUGGGUGGAGUGACUCAAAUUCUAGAGAGUGAAUUAUUCAAAAAGUCAUCUGACAUCAAGAGCACUUGUAGUACAAUCCGCUCCAUUUUGACAGGGUAA